GCUAAGGGACGGCGGGGAGGAAGGACCCUUCGGCGCCGUGUGAGGGGACGAGGCCGGGCCGGGAGCGCCGGGAGCUGCCCGGGAUACCGGGACACACCGGGAGGAGUCACACCGGGGCUCUGCCUCCGCCAGCAGCACCGGGACACACCGGGAGGAGUCGCACCGGGGCCCUGCCUUCCCCCGGGGCACCAAGUCCCCUGGCCUCGGAUCUGCGGCGGGGCCCGGCAGCGGGCCGCAGGCGCCGGGCUCCCCCGGGCGAGGAUGUCCGGCAGCGGCCCGGGAAGGCCGGCGGAGGUGGCAGAGCGGCCGGCACGUCCCUUCGAUGGCUUCUUUGGGAGCACAGGCCUCGGCCUGUGCGCCGUGAGGCCGCUGAGGGGCAGAGCCCGUGGGCAGAAGCAGAGAGCCCCGAGCCCCGUGGCAGAGAGGAGCAGAGCCCCAGCUCGUGGCAGGAAGAGAAGCAAGCCGGGCGCCGCCGAUCUGCCCUGCCGCAGCCAGGCCCAGCAGGAGCUGCCGUGGGUGGAGAGAUACAGGCCUGAGAGCCAGAGUGACCUUGCUGUGCAAAAGAAGAAGAUUGAGGAAGUUGAAACCUGGUUAAAAACACACAUAUUUCAGAGGCAGCCAAAGCAGGGUGGCUCUGUCUUGCUGCUGACUGGCCCUCCUGGCUGUGGAAAAACUGCAACUCUGCAAAUUCUAGCCAGAGAUCUUGGCCUUCAGGUGCAAGAAUGGACCAAUCCACUCUCUUUAGACUUCACAAAGGAAGACUUGAGGAACAUGUUUGGCCAUGACUCAAAUUUUCAUACGUUUCCGAGUCAGGCCCAAACAGCUCUCUUUCAAGAUUUUCUAUUAAGAGCAAAUAAGUAUAACAAACUUCAGAUGCUUGGGGAGUCCUCAGAAAAUGAUAAAAAGCUUAUUCUUAUUGAAGACAUUCCUAACCAAUUCUACCGAGAUCCUGGCAGCCUGCAUGAAAUCCUCAGGAGUUUUGCUCGCAGGAGCAGGUGCCCCCUGGUCUUCAUAAUCUCAGAUAACUUCAGUGGAGACAGCAACCAGAGGUCACUGUUCCCCACUGACAUUGUGGAGGAGUUGUGUAUAUGCAAUAUUAGUUUCAAGCCUGUUGCACCAACAAAUAUGAUGAAAGUUCUCAAUCGAAUAGCUGCAGCAGAAGCCUCUAUGAACAGAGAGAAUUGCACGCUUGACAGAACUUCUCUGGAGCUGCUUUGCAGAGGUUGUUCAGGUGACAUAAGAAGUGCAAUAAACAGCCUUCAGUUCUCCUCUACAAAAGUAGGCUGCUCAUUGGAGAAAGAAUUUUGGUCAAAGAAGAAGAAGAGCUCCACAGUAAAAUGUGAGGAAGCAGGAGUAUCCAAAGUACGAAAGAAAAGUAAAUGUGAUACCUCAGAAGACCAGGAGAUACAAGCAAUUGGUGGCAAGGAUGCAUCCAUUUUCCUUUUCCAUGCUCUGGGGAAAAUUAUUUAUUGCAAAAGAGAAGCAGUGCCAGAAGCAGAGUGCCCUCAGCUGCCUGCUCACCUGUGCAGACACCGCCGGGACACGCUGCUCAUUCAGCCUGAGGAAAUUGUGGAGAAAUCACAUAUGUCUGGAAGCAUGUUCAACCUGUACCUUCACCAGAACUACGUGGACUUUUUUCCUGACAUAGAUGACGUAGUGAGAGCCAGUGAAUAUCUGAGCACUGCUGAUGUCCUUUGCAGUAACUGGAGUGCACGGCUUGUGAUGGAGAGCUACAGUGCCUCCGUGGCCACCCGGGGGGUGAUCCACUCCAACACCUCCAGAGCCUUUGCCCACCAGCAGGGAGGCAUGGGCUUCCGACCCUUGCACAAACCCCAGUGGUUCUUGAUCAAUAAAAAGUAUCAGGACAAUUGCAUUGCUGCAAAAUCCCUGUUCUCAAGCUUCUGUUUACCACCUGAGUGCCUUCAGACAGAGCUGCUGCCUUAUCUUGCUAUGUUAGCAAACCCAAUGAGAAACCAAGCUCAGAUUGCUUUUAUCCAAGACGUGGGGAGGCUGCCACUGAAAAGACAGUUUGGGAGGCUGCAGCUGGAGGCUCUGGGCGACAAAGACCCCGGCGUGCCGGAGCUGUCCCACGGGGACGGCGACCCCGAGGGGCUCCCCUCCAGCCAGUCCAGCGGCAGCGACCUGCCCGGCAGCCAGCCGCAGCCCGUGGCAGCGCAGGCCCUCCUGGAGGAGGAGGAACUGAGGAUCGAGGAGUACGACAGUGAGUGAGAGACCGCGGCACGCCCUGCCCUGCGGGGCUGCCGAGCCGCGCACAGCCCGGGCUGCUGCCAGCCCCCAGGGAGCUCCCGGAGCCCCCCUGCCCUGCAGGGCCGGCCUGAGCCCCGUGCUCAUGGCCUCUGCUGAGCCAUGACACUGCCUGAGGGUGCUGCCAGAGAGAAAUAAAGGGCUGAAACCAGUUUGAAAGAGACCAGAGAUUUAGCAGCGUCGCGCUUAAAUUAUUUGUAUUUUUACACGUCUUAAUAUACUCUGCAGUUGUGCAGUGUGCUUCCUGAGUACACGUUCCGUAAGUUGUCAGCAUUUGGAGGGUUUAUUCGAAUUCACACUCUCAAAAAAAAAAAAAAGGUGUUUGGAAGUUUAGCCCUUCUGGAAAGAGGAGGCUGAAAUUUACACCUGAAAAGUCACCAUACUGAUGAUGUAAAGAAGACUUCUACUGUAUUAAUACUGUUUUGUACUCUGACUUACAGAAGACAUAAAUAAGAUCUUCUUGUCUUUAUAAGUGGACCUAAUGUUGUACCAUGGAUUAUUUUGUAUUCCUCUUGGAAAAAAAAAAUUCUUAACUUUUGGAGGGGAAAAAAAAAAAGGCAGCAAUUAAGCAGAAGUUGCACUUUGUAGGAAGUUAAAUGUAUAAUGUGCAGUUUUUCUCCUUGACUUGCAGUUGUGCUGGGGGAAGUACUGAUCUGUGUUUGGUAACUGGCACAUGGUUGAAUGCUGUGGUUAAUGCCACAGCAGAGAGGAAAAAACAGCUUUGUGUGAUGCACAUUGGCAUUUCUGUAGUGCUUACAGCCAGUUUAGUGAGAGAAAACGUGUUUAUCCACCCUGACCUGGGGUUAAUGCUA